AUGAAGAUUAAUAUAUUGAAGAAAGGAAACAAAUUUUAUAUUACAAACAAUCAUUUUAAUUAUGAUAUUAAACGAAAUUUUACAAUAUUUCAAAACUCAUUUAUAAAAACAAACGAUAUAGUUUAUAGAAAAAACAUUGAUAUUGUUUGUGCAAAAGAUUUAUUCUUUUAUACAAUUCUAAAUGUAGAUAGAUAUAAGUAUUUUCUACCAUAUGUAACGGAUAGCAAGAUAACAGAAAAAAACAAAGAAUAUUUUAAAGCCAAUUUACAAAUUGAGAAUAUUUUCUUUAAAGAAAAAUAUGACUCUUUAAUUCAAUUCAUUUACCCAACAACAAUUACAGUAUCUAGCGAAGAUACAAAUAUCUUUCAUCACUUGAUAACCGAGUGGAUAAUUAAAGAAAAAAAGAAUUGCAUAAACAUUGAUUUUUAUAUAAAUUUUAGGUUGAAAAAUAAAAUAUAUCAAAAUUUUAUGAAUUUAUACAUAAAAGAGUUAGGGAAAAAAAUUUUAUAUUCCUUUAUAAAUGAAUCAAAAUCAAACAGUCAUAAAAACACGGAUGUUUUACACUUGAUAAAAUAG